AUGACUAACCUAAAGAAAUGUGAUUAUUUUGAAUGGAAAAAUGAACAGAUGAAAGAAGGGUAUUACAAAAACCUCCUUUAUUCUCUAAAGAAGAAGUUGGAUGCUAAAGAGGAUCUUGGUGUGAACAACAACUUGAGGAAUAGGAUUGCUGAAUUGGAGUUUUUCCUGGUUAAGGAGAAGAGUGUGGUAGGAAACAUUGAGAACGAGCUGUCUGAUUCCAAGAAGACAAUAUGUAGGUACAAGAUGAUGGUUGUAUUUCUGGUUCUUGGGUUGGUGUUUUGUGUUUUUAAGUUAUCCAAGUAG